AUGAACACAGCAGGUAAACUUCGUAAUCCUGCUUUGUUGGGUGUCUACUCAUGUAUUCGUCCGUUUAUUGGUGAUGAACUUGAACGUGAUGAAAGUCAAGGAUUGUUUGAUAUUCUUGGUGAAAAAUGUAUUGCUGUCAUACUUUAUCCGACAAUUAAUAAUAUUAUUUGUAUUUCACAAAGCCAUACGAUAAAUAUGGGGUACUGUUCAAUAUGA